CUUAAAAAUAAAAACAGGAAGGUAUAAAAAGGAUGAAAGGUAACAAAAUGUCCAAGCCAACGAUGACUUUCCAAGACUUCUUGAGCAAAACCAUUGACUUGUGUAAAAGUAAGUACAUAGCCAUACCGGAGGGGGAGAAAGAAAGAUACGGUAAGCAUUUCGAGGCGCUACGCUCUAUAAUUUUCGGGAUAUUGACUGCGAAGAAUGCCCAGCUGAACAGCCUCAUCGUGGAGUACAGUUUGGAAGGUAUGUCCAGGUAGUCGCCCCAGCGGAUCCUUCCCUCGCCGGGAUUCGCUGGACCUUGGCUGCACUUCAGCUGAAACUGCAGCCUACACCCGUUCCCUAUCCCCACCCACUUUCCUCCAUGAGUCAGAGUACUUAAGUAUAAUAACCGUGAUAAGAAGUGCAUUGCUCGUAAAGAUUACUAUUCUUCGCGCUCUAUCGUAUAUUCGGUCGAAUUUUAUACCCGUGCUUCGUAACCAUGAUACCCUCGUCCCGCUUUUAUCCGUCGCGCCGCGUUUUUCGAUCGUUACUUACCGCGUAGUUUCCGUUAAUUUUCGCAGGGAGCACGGGAGAUAAUCUUAAAGUCGCGAAACCCAACGAAUUCGAUUUGGUAUUCAAGCUUCAAAUUCCGUAUUAUGAAAGCAUCAUCGUGACGCGAGAUUCGAAUUUUCCGGGCAACGUUUUUCUCGAUAUGACGCGCGUUUUAGAACUACUUAAGCAGGAUCCCCGCGAGGAUUACCAGGGCAUCUUGAAAUUGCUUCAGCUUCAACUCGUGAACGCGCAAAACUUCCUCGUCGUGGACAAACUCCGUUCCUGGCUCCAGAGCCUUUUUAGCCAAGCGCUCAACCGGAUCAACAAUCACGUGGAGGUAGAUGGCAUCGUGUCCGCGCUUAAAUACAAGACCUGUGGGCCGGCCCACACCAUAUUCGUGUAUGGGGAGCUGGAGUACUCGGUCGAUUUCGUACCUGCCAUCCGCCUGGGGGCCGAACAGAACGUCUUGCUCGCGGAUCAGUUGAAAUACUUUAGGCGCGCGAAUCUAUUUUACUGGGAGGCGAUCCCCAAGCUCCUGAAAGUCCAAACCCAGACCAGCAGUAUAUCGUUUAGGUCCUCCUUUUACCCCGCCGAGUGGGCUAUGCUAGAGGGUACGCACGAAAAUUGCCGGGAUGCAAUCAAGCUUAUGAAGAAAUUUCGCGAUGUUAAGACCAACUUGGGCAACCUCAAGAGUUACUAUAUUAAAACUUUGUUUCUUUGGAAGAUUAGCAAUGAGCCAGAGUCCUACUGGGAAAAUCCGCUCACAGUCAUUUUGACCGAGAUGUUUGAGGACCUGGCGGAGCGUUUAAGGCUGGGAGUUCUUCCCUUCUUCUGGGACCCCGAACUGAACAUGUUCCAUGUGUUGACGCCAGACCAAGUGAAGGAAAUGUACAAAUGCGUCCGAGGAAUCCCAAGUGCGCUGAGGGAAGCCGGAGUCCAAAAGAAGCAUUACUCUCGACAUGUCGUUCAUCGAGUGUUCUGCCACAAGGAGGAGAGAGAUCUGCAAUGGUGCUCCAAGAGGAUUAGCAAGCAAAAACGAAAUGGUGUCAAGCGCCUAAAAUAGGAAGCAAUGAAGUCCAGUUAAACUGCCUGUUAGGAAGUCCCCGUUGUAUUAACCUUGAGGAUAGGAUUCCUUGGAGAAAGCUACUUAGAGCGUUUAAAAUUCAAGUUCCGGAAAAUUAUUGGAUCACCUACAAAUAUUGGAAAUCUUGCAUUUCUAAGGGGUCGUCCAUGUAUUAUUCAAGUAUCAGUUCUGAAACAUUGGUACUUUUCAGGAUUUGAUUUACUCUUGUUGUCCCAACAACUGAUUACCUAAAGGAAAGAGGUUGAACGCACCUAAACUUUGAUGUGGAAUAUAUGGAUAGUCCCUUAUUGAUGUUAAUCAAGAAAAUUUAGUAAGAAAUGUAAAGUAUUUCGAAUUGAAAAUGAAUGUGAGUCUCAUAUUGGAGACCUUUAAAAGUCAAACAUCAUAUUUUAAAUGAAAAUUUGUAUACAAUUAUUGUGAAACCUUGUAUGAACAUUAAUGCAACAUAUCCAAAAGGAAUGAAGUGUAAAUUCACUUGGCCCGUAAGUUUGUUUAUACUUCAUGACGCAUUAUUAGAAAACAAGGCCAUACGAAAAUGAGGAAUAUUUGUGAAAUCUGUUAUAUAUAAAACUGAUCAGUACACACCAUAUCUUGUUUGUACUCUACGUUUGACGUGUUUUAUUAAAAAACGAAUGAAAAUCAGAAAA